AUGGAGUUGGAGUUUGUCCCUAUCCCGACACCACACUUUGCUGACUUUAUCGUUAUAGCCAUUUUCCUCUGUAUUUGUUUGGGAAUCGGUAUUUACUAUGGCUAUAAAACAAACAAGAAACCGACUUUGGAAAAUUACUUCCUUGGAAACAGACGACUUUUACUUUUACCGGUAACAAUGUCCUUAUUUGUGACUUUUGCAUCAGCGAUUUCACUCAUGGGUACUCCGGCCGAUACCUACGUUUACGGAAUCCGCGGAGCCUAUAUUGGCCUGGGUUAUCUCAUAUCCGUAUUGCUAGCAAGUAUUACCAUAGUUCCUCUGCUGUAUCCUCUACGGCUCACCAGUACGUACGAGUAUCUUCAACUUCGUUUUCGUUCAAAAGGCGUUCGUACUUUAGGAACAAUGAUUGGGAUGCUUCAGACGGUUGCCUAUAUGGGAGUAACACUUUAUGCACCAGCUUUGGCCCUUCAAAUUGUUGCUGGAAUACCUCUAUGGCUGUCAGUUGUUGUUAUAGGCCUUGUUGGCACCAUAUACACAUCCAUAGGAGGAAUCAAGAGUGUAGUGUGGACGGACGCGUUUCAGUUUAUGAUGAUUUUCAUUGGCUUGGCGGCGGUAACCAUAAAGGGCAGCAUCCUUAUGGGAACGCGGCAUUCAAUCUCCAGGAUCGCAAUGGAGGGCAAACGACUCGAGUUUUUCAAUUUUGACCCGGACCCUAGAGCUCGACACACCGUUUGGGGAAUGGCGAUCGGCCUUACAUUUGCUUUCCUUCCUAAUUGGUGUAACCAGUCGAGUGUCCAGAGGGUCUCGUCCCUCCGUACUCUCAGAGCAGCUAAGAUGGCAUUUUGGCUUAUUGUGCCUGUAGUGAUAACGUACUAUGCAGUUCUAGGAUUUUUGGGAAUCCUCUUGUACUCAUAUUACAACACUGUAAAAUGUGAUCCUGUUCAAGCGGGAUUUCUAAGCAACUUUAAUCAGCUUAUGCCGUAUUUCGUCCUCGAUGUGUUGCGGUCACUGCCGGGUAUUCCUGGAAUCUACAUUAGUUGUUUAUUUAGCGGCGCUCUCAGUACUCUAUCAUCUGGAAUCAACGCUUUAGCUGCCAACACCGUGGAAGACAUUCUUGGAGACUACGUUAAGAAAUCAAAAUUUAUUUCGCAGACAUUCGCGGCAAAGACAUUUGUGUUUCUGUACGGACUGACGGUCAUUGGACUAGCGUAUGCCAUUAACUCAAUGUCAGGAUCUAUCACACAGAUGGCGCUCUCAAUAUUUGGGGCGUGUGGAGGACCUUUAGCUGGACUUUUUUUCCUCGGUGGAAUGAUACCGAAAGCCAACUGGAAAGGAGCCACUUUUGGCAGUUUACUGAGUCUUGGGUUCAAUAUCUGGAUGACAGUAUCCUCACAAAUGUACGGAUCAAAACCUGCAGCAUUAAUACGGAAUCCCACGAGUGGGUGUUUCCAUGACAACGCUACAGCCACAAUGAACAAUUUGUCUAUAAAUAGCUUUAAUACUACAUUGCAUACCCCUCCGUACGAUAUAAAUGGAUAUACAAAUGAUUCCUCCAACAGUCUAGGCAGUCCAGAUGAAGGUUUUUUCCUGUAUAACAUCUCUUAUGUCUGGUACGGUUUAAUCGGAUUCUUGUUGACCCUGAUGCUAGGUACCGUCGUCAGCCUGUGUACGGGUGGCGACGGUGGUGAGCCCGUCGAACCACGCCUCAUCUUCCCUAUAUGUAGAAGGAUGUGUGGAGUGGCAUCAAGAUACAAAUAUGAUCUGGCUGAAGAAAUGAUCAUUGAUCCGGUUACGCCGGAAGGCGAGGGACCUCCUAUCGGUUUCCAUCCUGACGAUAAAAGUGUUGCAGAUCUAUGA